AUGGUCGAUACACGCUCUGGAUGGACCCCAGCGCAUUUUGCCGCAAGUCGUAACAAACCAGACGUGCUGCGGUACCUCCAUGAGGUGGGUGCCAAUCUUAGUACGACGGACAACAGGGGUCAGACUCCAGCCGUCUUGGCCGCCGUUCAAGACUCCCGCGAAGCACUGGAGGCGCUCAGCGAGGUCGGAGCCGACCUGCAGACGGCGGACGAGGAAGGAUGCACCCCGUUACACUGGGCCGCCUGGAAUAGCAGACUUGACAGCGCCCGCUUGCUGAUCGAGCUUGCUGAUCGAGGCCAUGGAGGGGAGAUGAGGGGAGAUGAGGGGGGACAUAGGUAUGCUGGUCUCCUUCUGCGUCAACGAUGCAGGUGGCAGCUUGCAGGCAUCCGCUGUGCGAGCUCGCUUACAGAAGUGGCACCGUCAGAGAAGGAGAAGAACACACCGCGAAGAUUGGCCACACCGCCCAGAGGUUUUCGUCGGAUGACUCUUCGGGACUUUGACGUGCCGAUCGAAAACAAGCCAGCCGUGGAUCUCUCCAAGCAAGCCGAGGAGCCGGACGAGGAUGCACCGGUCAGGAUCUCGGAGAUCACCGGCCAGGAAGUUCAGAGCCUUUGGCCUCCGACGCCCCUGAUCGACAUGAAGAGCAGAGACAAGCUGAUGGAGUCGCUGGACCAGAACGAGCUCAUGGAAAAGGUGGACGAGGAAGAGCGCCGUGAAGUUGCGAGGCCAUUCUUGUGGCUACAACACGAGGAGCAGGAUUUCGUUGGCAACGAAGAUGUUGGCAGAUUUGUCAAGAUCGCCCGCGAUGACCUGCUUGAGCAUUUGCCGGAGGGAGGCUGCGGUGAGUUGUCGCGCGAUUUGACUUUGAUCCCUGACCGAACGCGGGACGUGGGUCUGAUGGUCAGGAAGCUGUCGAUCGAGCUCAUCUCACAGCUGUCCGAGCUGCAGCACGCGACGGAUGCGGAAGGUCGGCCCAGAAUUCGAAAGGCUGGCUUUCUGCUUGACGGCCAUAAGGGGACCGGGAAGAGCCAAGUCUUGAACCUGCUCGCCAUGUGGGCACGCAAGAACGGUUGGCUGGUGGUGCUGGAGCCAACGCCGGGCCGGUACGCACGGGAGAUCGCAGAGAUCAAGCGCUCGAACAACGGGGUCUACAUCCAGUCCGAGUUCGCUCAGCAGUUCUUGGAAGCCAUGUCGCUUGCAAACCGUCACAUGCUGGAGGAGAUUCCGGUUGACAACACGGCCUAUGGGUCCAGGGCGAUCGAUGGAGAAUCACAACAGGCGGAUCACACGGUAGAAGAACUAUGGAUGUCUAACGUUCGGGUCAUCGCAUUGAGUGACUAUGCUUUCCGCCGGCUAGUGCGUGCACAUGGCUGUACCCUCUGCUAUACCGAGAUGCUCAUGGCCUCACGCUUCGCUGAGAGCGAGGACUAUCGAAGACGGGCUCUCGGAUCAGGGGUGGCAGCGGAGGACCAUCCGCUCGUGGUGCAGUUUGCUGCCAACGACCCGCAAGUGCUGCUCCAGGCAGCGCUCCACGCACAGGAGCUGGGAGCCGACGCCGUGGACCUGAACUUGGGCUGCCCGCAGUGGAAGGCGAAGUUGGGCAACUACGGGGCUUGGCUGGCUGCCGACUCGGAGAACUGGCCUUUGAUCGAGGCCAUGGUGGCCGCUUGCAGUCAAGAGCCGGCAGUCAGGAUCCCGGUCUUUUGCAAGAUUCGGCUGCAGCCCACGGAGGCUGAGACUCUGGAGCUUUCCACGCGGCUGCAGCGCGCUGGCUGCGCCUUACUUGCGGUGCAUGGACGUCGCCUCGAAUCCGAGAAAGCCAGGCGUGACGGACCUGCCGACCUGCGUGCUGUGGCCGAACUUCGCGCCAAGCUGUCUCUGCCCGUUCUGAGCAAUGGCAACGUCAGAUGUGCACAGGAUGUGACGAACAACUUGAAGUUUACUUCUUGCGAGGGCAUUAUGGUGGCCGAACAGCUGCUUCGCGACCCGGCGCUUUUCUCACGGGUGAAGGGAGUGGAGCCUGCCCCUUUGGAGCUGAUUGAUGAAUACCUCACGUACUGCCUGGAGCUAGAUGGCUCCCAAAGCGGCGAGUGCUUCUCCGUUUGGGAUGCCCGGAACGUGGAUGUUCUACGAAACCACCUGAGGUCCCUGCUGGUCGGCGCCGUGGGCACCGCUGAGGCGGAGCCCGGGACCCAGCAGCUCAUCGCGGCCCCCCGUGCGAGGACGGCGGCCAGGUUCAUCUUGGAUUGGUGGCGCAUCCAGCAGGCUAAGUCGGUCGAGGACGCUGUGAUGCGCUACCGAGAGCGUUGUCACACCAUCCAGCCGUGUGCAGAAGCAAAAAGACCAGUGACCCGUCGACUGUACGAGCCCCUGAUCGAGAAAACCGUGGACAGAGAGGUCGAUGCGCAGAGCCUCUCCGGACCUGAGCGCCUGCAGCGCAUCGCGGAGUACCGGCGGCAAGUUCGCAUCCCAUCGAUGGCUGAUGUGCUGAAGCCGCAGAACGUAUGGGAAAUCGUGGACUUCGGCUUGGAUAAUGAGCAAUAUGCCGUCCAGGCUGUUGCAGAAACCUUCGUGCAGCUACAGCGCCAGACGACGCAUCCCGUUGCUGUCAUCGUGGAUGACUGGAACGAGUGCUUCCCAUGUUCGGAGUACGUGUCAAUCCGAUACGACAACACUCGGUUCAACGGAUACAUACCUUCCUACCAUCUGUCGAUGCCCAGAGCUUUCCAUCGCUGGGACGGUCACAAGUUUCGGCGUGGGGUGAAGAUCUGCGCCACCUCGUGGAUGCGCCAGAAGCGUCGACAAUACCGCCCUGAGCUGCUGGGAGUGCGAGACUUCGAGAUCAGGACAGUACGAAACUUCACGCAGCAGGAGUUCGCAAACUAUGUUAUGUAUCUUCGCAUCAUGGGGGUCUUGCACUGCUUCCCCGCGAAGGACCUGGAGUAUUUCUACAUGAUGACCCAGGGCAAUGGUUGGCAAGCACGCAAAGUCCUCUCCACCCUCUACUGA